UAUCAAGUCAACUGGUCAUUUUCAAGUCAAAGACCCCAACCCUUCUACUGGAAGUCAGAAGGUUGGCGACGGAAGUGGAGUCCCAACGGGUACCUGCUUCACGGGGCCUUUGCAACUGGCACAGGUCCCUUGCAGCGCGGGGCGAUUCCGCGACAUAAUUCCGCUAUGCGGGGCUUUUAGCUUCACCGCCCGGCGCAAAAAAUAAUUAUUUCGAGGUUUCCGUCUCAGCGAAGCGCAGCAGCCAUUGGCCGUACCAGCAGUAGCACACUUGUAUUCUAGCCACAUCAACGCCAUUUCCCAACUAGAUACGUUCCUUUUCUUGCAGAAUGGCGUCAAAAAGGAAAGUCGACGAUUUUAUAUAUACCUUGUCGGACAAUGACGACAUCCCCGACCUCGACCCAGAAGCAGUCGAGCCAAACCCGCCCAAGAAAAAGUCCAAAAAGUCCAAGAAUGGCGCCUCGGCCGAUGACGAUGUCGAGGAUGGCAUCUGGGGCAAGAAAGAGGAAGACGACGGGGCUAUGGACUCUGAAUUCGAGUUCAUUGAGGAUAAGACGACAGACUUCCGCGCUGAAGAUUUCGAGGGUUGGGGCUUUGAAGGUGCCCGCAAGGCCAUGAAUGGCGCUGCACAGAAGAAAGUAGUCGACGUAGAUGAAAUUGUCCGAAGGCGGAGGGAUAAGCAGGACAAGAACGGCAAAACCCAAGACGAACAAGCACCUGAACCAGACUCUCAGUCCGAGCAAGAUGACCAACUGGAAGACAUAGACCUCGACGACGAGGACGACGAAGUGCUAGCUGAAGAUGGUUUUGGUAUGGGCGCCGCUUCGGAUGACGAGUCGGGAGACGAUGCCGCUGGAGAAGAUGAAUCCGGAGAAGAGGAGGAUAGUGAGGCAGGGGAAGAUGAUGACGCGGACGCCUCAGACAAUGACUCAACUGCUACGCCUGUCGAUCACCCUGAUGAUACGGACCACUCCGACGUCACAGAUGAUGAGGAAGACCCCGAAGAGGCAGCUAAGCGAGAAGCUUUCUUCGCUCCCGAAGAAAAGAAAACCGGGGGAAAGCAGAACGCGAAAUCGUUUCAAACCAUGUCCCUCUCCCGCCCGAUACUGCGCGGCCUGAACACUGUCGGCUUUAACACGCCUACUCCAAUUCAAGCCAAGACGAUACCGCUCGCACUAGAGGGUAGGGACUUGGUUGGAGGUGCCGUGACGGGUUCUGGUAAAACAGCCGCGUUUGUUGUGCCCAUACUCGAGCGGUUGCUUUACAGGCCCAACAAAAUCCCGACCAGUCGCGUCAUCAUCUUGGCACCAACACGAGAGCUGGCCAUUCAAUGCCAUGCUGUCGCCACGAAGCUUGCUGGCCACACAGAUAUCAAGUUUUGUCUAGCAGUCGGUGGUCUAAGUCUGAAAGUGCAAGAGGCAGAGCUGCGCUUACGUCCCGACGUCAUCAUCGCCACGCCCGGGCGAUUCAUCGAUCAUAUGCGCAACUCGGCUAGCUUUGCCACAGACACGAUUGAGAUUCUCGUUCUCGACGAGGCUGAUCGUAUGCUGGAAGAUGGAUUCGCCGAUGAACUAAACGAGAUCCUAACGACGCUGCCCAAGUCGCGACAGACCAUGCUGUUCUCAGCUACCAUGACUUCGUCCGUUGACCGUCUCAUCCGCGUGGGGCUGAACAAGCCCGUCCGAGUCAUGGUGGAUUCGCAGAAGAAGACAGUCGACAAGCUUGAGCAGAAAUUCGUUAGGUUACGGCCCGGAAGAGAGGAGAAGCGAAUGGGCUACCUCAUUCACAUUUGUAAGACGAUGCAUACGGAGCGCGUUAUCAUCUUCUUCAGGCAAAAGAAAGAUGCGCAUCGAGCGCGUAUCAUAUUUGCAUUAUUCAACCUGUCUUGUGCUGAGCUCCAUGGCAGCAUGAACCAGAGUCAGCGUAUUACAAGCGUAGAAGCAUUCCGAGAUGGCAAGGUAAAUUUCCUCCUUGCAACCGAUCUGGCCUCCCGUGGUCUUGAUAUCAAAGGCGUAGACACAGUCAUCAACUACGAAGGCCCCCAGACCUUAGAGAUCUACGUACAUCGUGUCGGACGCACAGCCAGAGCAGGCCGCUCCGGCGUAGCCAUAACACUAGCAGCGGAACCCGACCGCAAGGUCGUCAAAGCCGCCGUAAAAGCAGGCAAAUCGCAAGGCGCCAAGAUCAGCUCCCUCAUCAUCGAGCCCGCGGACGCAGACAAAUGGGCCGCGCGGAUCGAAGAGCUCGAAGACGAAAUCACCGCCAUCGCGCGCGAGGAGAAAGAAGAGCGCCAGCUAGCGCAGGCGGAAAUGCAGAUCCGCAAGGGAGAGAAUAUGGUCGUGCACGAAGAUGAGAUUAAAGGCCGCCCGAAACGCACUUGGUUCGAGACCCAGGCUGAUAAGAAAGCUGCGAAGGAAGCGGGCCGGAACGAAUUGAAUGGGUUCAGAGAGAAGUUGAAGAAGAAAGGAGGAGGCAAGUUGAGUAAUAAGGAUAAGAAGAAACUGGAUGCGAGGAGUGUGAGGAAGGAGGAUAGUGCGGAGGGUGGAGGGAGGAUGUGGAAGAAGGGCGCACUGGAACGUGCUGGGAAGGGCGCUGUGCUGAAUUUUGCGAAGGAUAAGAAGGGGAAGACUGGGGGUAAGGGGAUGGGAAAGGGGAGUAAUGCCCCCGGGGCUAAGGCGAGUAGGAAGGUUGUUCCAAGUAAGGGUGGGAAGAGGAGGUGAGGAGCGUGUGAUGUCGAUGGAUACAGUGUCGUGAUGUAGUGAUUUAGCUACGCAGGCUGCCUAAUCUAAGCCUUAUUGAGUUGUAAUGCGUACAUGGAUAUAUUUCAUUUCAUAUUGGGAAUGAUGAUGCUUUAAUGGUAUGAAUGGUAUACAUUAGCCCUGAAUUGGAAUUAACUAAAAUGGGUAUAAUGUGGAUGAGGAUGAGGGAGAGAGGGAAAAAAGAGAGGGUAUUUUGAAGUCGUGUUUUUGCUAUUGUUGGAGAUAACUUAUAGCUGUGGGGCUAAGUGAGUGAGUGAGUGAGUGACUGAUAUACCCUUUUAACAUCGACAUCAAGAUAUCUAAAAGCGAGAGUGAAAGUCCCUGUUCUAUCUCAUCUACUUAUAUAUACUUACAUACAUCUUCCUCUACGCAGAC